GGGGCGUCCCCGGGCUGGGGAGGCGCGUGCCUGCCUGCGCGUGAACGAAACGGGUCUGGCUGUCCGCUGUCGGAAUCCGUGUUCUGGGUUGUCCCCCGGCUUCCCUGCCUGCCCGUGGAGACGCGUCCGUCCCCGUGGCCCUUGCCACCUUCGGCAGUUUCGUUGGCAAAGCCCCGGCCGGUGCCCACCGAACAGACGAAGCGGGCAGCCCUCCGCCGCGUUGGCAGCAGCAGGGCAUGAGCGGACGGCGGGCAACUCCUCCUGAACGGUGCCAGGAUGAAGGAAAUGCUUCUGGCCACGCUGCUGCUGCUCGCUGUGCCAGCCAGCUGGGCGCCGCCGCCAAAGGAUGGCACUAACAGGUCUGAGCCCCUCCCCCAUGCCAAGGAGCCACCCGUCCUGAAUCCCCUUGACCCAGGGCAAGAGGCUGCCAGGUUGAUACAGGACUACCUGAAGAACGUUGGGCAAGAGGAUGGCAAGCCCAGCGCCAUGAGCAGGAAGCAGGCUCUGUUGCUCCUCUUCGCCCUCCACGACUACGACGAGAGUGGACGGCUGGACGGGCUGGAGUUCAUGAGGCUGCUGAGCGAGAUGCCCUCCCAGAGAGACAGGGGGCGCUCUGAGCCGGACUCGGUCGUACUGAUGGUGGACAACAUCCUGGCGACUCAGGACCUGAACCACGAUGGGUUGCUGGAGCCCUCAGAGCUGCUUCAGGGGCCCUGGCACAGCCAGACCCCCACCCUCCUCGCUGCCCCCCAUGGAGAAGAGGGCAGCGUACUGCGGGCAGACCCUGAACCUGACGGACAAGACGACGGCCACCUGGAUCCUCUUGGCCAACAAGGCACUGCUGAGUCCCUGGCUGCGUCAGAGGAGGCUCAGGAUCAGGGCGUGAUGGAGGCCCCCUCGCUGAGCCCCCCGGCACAAAAUCAGGAGGGGGCACCGGGACAAGGAGAAGCCGCUGAUGUACCUCAGCCUCAGGAGACUGGGGAGCCUCUCGUGUCAGGAGACUGAAAGACACACACACACACACCCCGAGCAGAAGGGGGACCAGCGGAGGAGGACUGAAAAGCUGAGGCUGCGCAGGGUGGCAAAGCUGACCCAUCCCAUAAAACCAUAGUUGGAAGGGGCACCGAGGGUCAACCUCCACAGCAAUGCAAGACUCCUUGGCAGGUGGCCGUCCAACUUCUGCUUAAAAAUCUCCAAGGAAGGAGAGUCCAUCGCCUUCGGAGGGAGUCUGUUCCACUGUUGAGCAGUUUUUAUUGUUUUUGUCAGAAAUACAUUUAUUGCCAUUUGAAUCCAUGGGUUCGAGUCCUACCCUCCAGAGCAGGAGAAAGCAAGCUUGUUCUCUCUCCCAUUUGACAGCCCUUCAGAUAUUUGAAGAUAGCUCUCGCAUCUCCUCUCAGUCUCCUCUUUUCCAGGUUAAACAUAACCCAGUUCCAUCAACCGUUCCUCAUAUGGCUUGGUUUUCAGACCCUUGAUCAUCUUGGUCGCCCUCCUCUGCACACCUUCCAGCUUGCCAGCCUUCUUUUUAAUUUGUGGUGCCCAGAACAGGUAUGGCCUGACCAAGGCAGAAUGUGGUUUAGUCAUUUAGUCGUGUCCGAUUCUUCGUGACCCCAUGGACCAGAGCAUGCCAGGCACCUUCUUCCACUGCCUCCCGCAGUUUGGUCAGACUCAUGUUCGUAGCUUCAAGAACACUGUCCAAGGCAGAAUAGAGUGGGACUAUUCCUUCUCUUGGAUGUGGGUGGCGCUGUGGGUUAAACCACAGAGCCAAGGGCUUGCCAAUCAGGAGGUGCGGUUCGAAUCCCCGCGACGGGGUGAGCUCCUGUUGCUCGGUUCCAGCUCCUGCCCACCUAGCAGUUUGAAAGCACAUCAAAGUGCAAGUAGAUAAAUAGGGACCGCUACAGCGGGAAGGUAAAUGGCGUUUCCAUGUGCUGCUCUGGUUUGCCAGAAGCAGCUUAGUCAUGCUGGCCACAUGACCCGGAAGCUGUCUGCGGACAAACGCUGGCUCCCUCGGCCUAUAGAGCGAGAUGAGCGCCGCAACCCCACAAUUGACUCAUGAUGAGCGCACAAUUGACUCAUGACACACGUACUUUUCUCAUGUUCUACUUGUAAGCCAGGUGUCCCCCAUCCUAUAUUUGUACAUCUGGUUCUUGCUGCCUAAGAGCAGAACCUGACUUUUGUUCCUGUUGUGAUUCAUCUUAUAAUUUUGAGCCCGGUUCUCCAAUCUGUUAAGGUCAUUUUGAAUUGGGAUUCUGUCUUCUCUGGCCCCCUUGCUAUGCAUUGCCCCACAAGAUCAAAUGACCCACCAGCAGUGGACCUUGUGUCUCCUCCCUCAGCUCUCUCGACUUAUGCAAUCUCUUCUGCAGCCCGGCAGGACAGAGCUCCCUCCCUCCCCCUUUGCUGU